GUUGACAGGACAGUCCAUUGGAUUGAUAGGCCACAUCAUGAUGCGUCAGGACUACUGGCAACGCAAUAGCAACUCACCAUAGACCACACCAAUAGCAAGAUGCCACUAGACCUUGCAAACGUUGAACCCUCCAACUCUGCCAUAAUCGUCGUCGACGUACAGAACGACUUCGUCAGCGGCAGUCUCGCCGUCCGCGAUGCAGAGCAAGUCAUCAGUCCCAUCAACGCACUCCUGAAGCUACCAUUCGCCGUUAAAAUCGCCACUCAAGACUAUCAUCCCGCCAACCACAUAUCCUUUGCGCGCAAUCAUGAGGGCAAGAAGGAAUUUGACCAGAUCGUCAUCUUUCCUCCCGCAGAGUUGGUAGUAGGGAGGACGCUUGAGGAUGAAAGGUCACUUGAAGGGCUAGAACAGGUGCUGUGGCCUGUUCAUUGCGUUCAGGACACUUUUGGGGUAGCAUUUGUGGACGGCCUGGAACAUGAGGGCCUGGAGGUCGUCCGUAAAGGCUGCGAUGUCGGGAUCGAAUGCUAUUCUGCAUUCGAAGACCCAUGGGGACUCACAAACACUGGACUCAAGGACAAGCUGAGAAACAAAGAGAUAUCAAAUGUUUUCGUGGUCGGCAUAGCGGGAGAUUAUUGCGUCAAGUCUACUGCACUUGAUGCAAAGAAAUACGGGUUCAGGACGUUUGUGAUCAGGGAUGCGGUCAGGAGUGUGUCUGAUAACGGUCUAGAAUGGAUUGAGAUGGACAAGGCGGGAGUGGAAAUCAUCGACACGGCUGAAGAGCUUUUGACGUCAAGAGUGUUAUCUCAGUAGUUUAUGUAUAAUUAGUCAUUUACAAGAUCCUAUGCCAGCGCUCGUUCAAUAUCAAUGACUACGCACCGAAACGCCUCAACAGCUCAUCCACCUCCGUGCGGAGUACCUCCAAAGCAUUCUGCCUCUCGUCUACAUUCAUACGAGCAUCCACCGCCUUCGUACCGAGGACCUCCGAAAUAUUCUGCAUCUGGUCUGCAUCCAUACGAGCGUCCACCACCUCCGUACCGAGAACCUCCGAAGCAU